AUGACGUCCAACAUCUCCUGCCCCCUCACUGCAGCAAGAAACAAGAGAAGCCCUGACCCCCAAGGACCCAACGGGACCCAAGAGGCCCCGAAAACCAGCCCCAAACACCAGCCCCGAACACCAGCCCCAAACACCAGCCCAGCAUUGUUCCCAACCAGACCCACAUGUAAACCCCUACACUCCACACCUGCACUAGCCCCACACUGGACACAAACAAAUACCCCCAAAUGCCAGGCUCACAACCACAACCCCCAUCCACACCACCACAACCAGCCCAUACAUCACAACCAGCCCCAUACCAGCCCACACCAUCACAACCAGCCCACACCAUCACAACAGCCCCACACCAUCACAACCAGCCCCACACCAUCACAACCAGCCCCAUACCAGCCCCACACCAUCACAACCAGCCCCACACCACCACAACCAGCCCCAUACAGCCCCACACCAUCACAACCAGCCCCACACCACCACAACCAGCCCCACACAGGCCCAACCACAACCUUCAUCCAACCCUACACCAUCACAACCAACAACCAGCCACACAUCCAGUGUUGGGGACCCCACACCACCAAAAACAGCCCCACACUGGCCCCAGUCAGCCCCACAACAGCUCUGACCAGCCCUGUACCUCCACAACCACCGACCCCAAACACCAGCCCUGCGUCGGCCCCAACCAGCCCCACACCAGCGCUACACCAGUUCCGCAUCGGUCGCAAACACCGGCUCCAAUGA